AUGUCAAGAUGAAAUUUUCUAAUCUGUGGAAACGCCCCUCGUCGUGUCAAACGUUCAGGGCAAGGAAUAAUUAGUUUAUACAUCAAAUUUCGGUGCUUCUGAUACAUCAAUUAGGUUAAUAAGCAUCAAAAUGACCGACUCGAAGUAUUUUACCACCACGAAAAAGGGGGAGAUAUUCGAAUUAAAGUCGGAACUCAACAGCGAUAAAAAGGAGAAAAAGAAGGAGGCUGUCAAAAAGGUCAUUGCGUCCAUGACAGUCGGUAAAGAUGUCUCUGCGCUGUUCCCUGACGUCGUCAACUGCAUGCAAACAGAUAAUCUGGAGCUAAAAAAGUUGGUCUACUUGUAUCUCAUGAACUACGCCAAGUCACAGCCAGAUAUGGCCAUCAUGGCAGUUAACACCUUCGUCAAGGAUUGCGAAGACUCCAACCCGCUCAUAAGAGCUCUGGCUGUACGGACCAUGGGUUGCAUCCGAGUGGACAAAAUCACGGAGUAUCUGUGCGAACCGCUGCGGAAGUGCUUGAAAGAUGAAGACCCGUAUGUAAGGAAGACAGCAGCCGUGUGCGUUGCUAAACUGUACGACAUAUCAUCAAGCAUGGUGGAAGAUCAGGGCUUCCUGGACCAGCUAAAGGACCUGCUGAGUGACUCCAACCCCAUGGUGGUGGCCAACGCCGUCGCCGCUCUCUCCGAGAUCAACGAGGCCAGCGUCUCUGGACAUCCACUAGUCGAGAUGAACGCGCCAACUAUCAACAAGUUGCUCACGGCGCUGAACGAGUGCACCGAGUGGGGCCAAGUGUUCAUCCUGGACGCGCUCAGCAACUACUCGCCGCGCGACUCGCGCGAGGCGCACUCCAUCUGCGAGCGCAUCACUCCGCGCCUCGCGCACGCCAACGCGGCCGUUGUGCUGUCCGCCGUCAAGGUCCUGAUGAAGUUGAUGGAGAUGGUAUCGGAGGACACGGAGCUGGUGAGCACACUGUCCCGCAAGCUGGCGCCGCCGCUCGUCACGCUGCUGUCGGCGGAGCCCGAGGUGCAGUACGUGGCGCUCCGCAACAUCAACCUCGUCGUGCAGAAGCGGCCCGACAUACUCAAACACGAAAUGAAGGUGUUCUUCGUGAAAUAUAACGACCCGAUCUACGUGAAGCUGGAAAAGCUGGACAUCAUGAUCCGGCUCGCGUCGCAGGCGAACAUCGCGCAAGUGCUGGGCGAGCUGAAGGAGUACGCCACCGAGGUGGACGUGGACUUCGUACGCAAGGCCGUGCGCGCCAUCGGCCGCUGCGCCAUCAAGGUGGAACCGUCAGCCGAGCGCUGCGUGUCGACCCUGCUGGAGCUGAUCCAGACGAAGGUGAACUACGUGGUGCAGGAGGCCGUGGUGGUGAUCAAGGACAUCUUCCGCAAGUACCCCAACAAGUACGAGAGCAUCAUCUCCACGCUCUGCGAGAACCUCGACACGCUGGACGAGCCUGAAGCCAGGGCUUCCAUGGUUUGGAUCGUGGGAGAGUACGCGGAGCGCAUCGACAACGCCGACGAGCUGCUCGACUCCUUCCUAGAGGGCUUCCACGACGAGAACGCGCAGGUCCAACUGCAACUGCUGACGGCGGUGGUGAAACUGUUCCUGAAGCGGCCAGCAGACACACAAGAGUUGGUGCAGCAUGUGCUCAGCCUUGCCACGCAGGACUCCGACAACCCCGACUUGAGGGACCGCGGCUUCAUCUACUGGCGCCUGCUCUCCACGGACCCCGCGGCCGCCAAAGAAGUAGUGCUUGCAGACAAACCCCUCAUCUCCGAGGAGACAGAUCUCCUGGAGCCGACGCUGCUGGAUGAGCUCAUCUGCCACAUCAGCUCGCUCGCGUCUGUGUACCACAAGCCACCUACGGCAUUUGUUGAGGGUCGCGGCGCGGGCGUGCGCAAGUCGCUGCCGGCGCGCGGCGCGGCCGAGCCGGCCGAGGCGCACGCGCCGCAGGCCACCGUCAUCCCCAACCAGGAGUCGCUGAUCGGCGACCUGCUGUCCAUGGACAUCGGCGCGCCGCCCGCGCCCGCCGCGCCGGCCUCCAGCCUGGACCUGCUGGCCGGCGGCCUGGACGUUCUAUUGGGCGGUGGUCCGGAGCCGGCGGCGGUGGGGGGUGUGGGAGGGGUGGGGGUGGGGGGCAGCACGGGGCUGCUGGGCGACAUCUUCGGCGCCGCCGCGCCCGCCUCCUACGUGCCGCCCAAGACCUGCUGGCUGCCCGCCGACAAGGGGAAAGGUCUGGAGAUCUGGGGCACGUUCAGCCGACAGGGCGGGCAGCCGCGCCUGGAGAUGACCUUCACCAACAAGGCCAUGCAGGCCAUGAGCGGGUUCGCCAUACAGCUCAACAAGAACAGUUUCGGCGUGUUCCCGGCGGGCAGCCUGGCCGUGGGCGCGCUGGCGGCCGGCGCCAGCGCCGAGGCGCCGCUCCCCCUCGCCACCACCGGCCCCGUGCAGCGCAUGGAGCCGCUCAACAACCUGCAGGUGGCGAUAAAGAACAACGUGGACGUGUUCUACUUCGCGUGCCUGAUGCCGGCGCACAUCCUCUUCACCGAGGACGGCCAGCUCGACAAGCGGGUCUUCCUCACCACCUGGAAGGAGAUCCCCGCCGCCAACGAGCUCCAGCAUUCCCUCUCCGGCGUCGUCGGCACCGCCGACUCCAUCGCGCACAAGAUGACCCUCAACAACGUCUUCACCAUCGCCAAACGCAACGUGGAAGGACAGGACAUGCUCUACCAAUCACUCAAACUGACUAACAACAUCUGGGUUUUACUUGAACUGAAAUUACAACCAGGGAACCCGGAAGCGACGCUCAGCUUGAAGUCGCGGACUGUCGAAGUGGCAUCUUGCAUAUUCCAAGCGUACGAAGCUAUCAUCAAAUCGUAAUCUCGUUCCAUGUUAAGACGUGUUAGGGCAUUUUCACUUAAAGGUGUACCAUUUAGUUUCUUUCGAUUAUCGCAACUUUUGGGUUAUUUCUACUCAGAAUAGAUUUGUCCCGAAAAAAAUGACAGUUUCGUAACGCAUUUUCACAUACUUUUUGUAUGGACCGUUACAAAACUGACACCCAAAAUUUGUAUGAAAAACUGGGGACACUUUACUCGUGAUUCUGAGUCUAAAUAACCCAAAAAUUGAUGGUUUAAAAAAAAGUAAAUGGUACCAUUUUUCCUGAAAACCCCUAUUAUUAUAGUAUUCUUAAGUUAUAGACUUUAUACGAUUGUAAAUUCCAUUAGUGUAUGAAUGUUUAUUAGAUUCUAGCUUUUUGAACGAGUUUCGCCUAAUAGUGUAUUCGGGAGAAUAUUACGAAGAGAAAAGUUAGAAACUUUAUUAGAUUAUAUGAAAUGAUAUGCGAGUAUAUCGGGGCGAGUGGGAUGGAAGACUCCGGGAGAAUUAUGCCGUGUAAUGGCUAUAAAUAAAUAAUUAUGUUAA